AUGUCUGACGGCGAGACCGAGACCAAGCCCUUCAAGUUCGUCACAGCCGGCUUCGACGCCCGUUUCCCCAACCAGAACCAGACCAAGCACUGCUGGCAAAACUACGUCGACUACCACAAGUGCAUCACCGCAAAGGGCGAGGACUUUGCCCCCUGCCGCCAGUUCUACCACGCCUACCGCUCCCUCUGCCCCGGUGGCUGGACUGCACGAUGGGACGAUCAGCGUGAGGCCGGUAACUUCCCUGUCAACCUCAACCAGUAGACGGCGUCGAGGUGCGGCUCUCUUUACUCAGAUAGAUUGACUGGCAGGCACACUGUAGUUCGAAUGUAUAUCCAAAUGUCAAACAUCUUUCUCCUUUGUUCUCCGAUUUCUCUUUUGCUUGCCUGCAUAUGAAGAAGAGGAACAAUAACCGAAUGACUAGUAGGUCUUGGGAUGGAUUGAAAUAAGUUGAUUUCAUACAAUAUAAAGAGCGGGCCAUAAUACGUCGACAGUGGUGUUCAAAAACCCACCACGAACCACUCACACAAUCCACUUCAUGUCCCCAGAAGAAGAAGACUGCACACCGAGUACAACACUUGUUGUGAAAUCAUACUCGGUCAGGCUGCUUUCCUACCAAGAAGACGAGUAGAAGUCUGCCUUCACAC